AAAAAGAAGCAAGAGUUGCGACUUAUGGUCGGCGAAAGAUAUCGUGACUUGAUAGAUGCAGCUGAUAGUAUAGUUAAUAUGCGUAAGUGUGCCUUAUCAAUUCAAGAAGAAUUGCAUCAUAUGCAAGAUUCUUGUGACGUUCAUGCCUUGAAAAGAUCGGUUCGGGCUCAAGUUAAUGAGGACAACAAAGGCACAAAGGAUGAGAAGAAACACCAUCUGUAUUCAUCGGCUGCACAAAUCAAAUUACUAGUGGACGUUCCCGAGCAGAUUUGGAGAUCCUUGGAGAGUCAUAAGUAUCUGAAUGCAAGUCGGUUAUAUCUCAUCGCCAAGUUGGUAUAUAAGAAUCUUCAAGCUCAUAAUGACGACUCACCAUUUAAUGUUUCAGUAACGUUUCCUGUUGUUCAAAGACAAUGGGACGCUGUCAGUCAUUUUAAGUCACAGAUUCUCCAAAAGGCAAGACAAUAUUUAAAGAUAACUGAUCAAUCUGAACAGAGUUUAGCAGAAACGUUGUGCGCGAUUAUGUUGUUGGAUGAUGUAACUAAAAAGGAUGUAUUUCAGUCGUGCCUAGACAGGAGAACUUCAGUGUUGUUGCAACUUCUUGAAAAAUCAACCACAAAAGAUGUGAAAUUUUUAACAGAACAAUUUAAGGAUAUGAUACAUAUUAUUCGAAGUACUGUUUUCCAUGUAGGAUUAGUAUUUAUAAGAACAGGAGAUGAACUUUCAUUGUUUGAAUCCUACCUUAAUCAGCUUCAACAAGGAUUUUCUGUUCAGGAAGAUAAUUUACAAACACCAUCCUCAUUAAUCUCACCGCGCGACUCGAAGGUUUCGCUUACACGUUUAUAUUCUCCUACGGCUAAUAUUCAUCUCCUGAUGCGUUAUCUACCAGGAUCCAUUCAGACCUUUACGCCAUUCCUUCAUAUGUCAGGUCCUCGUGGGGAUUUUACCCAGGACGACAUUCGUGAACGGAUGAAUGGAUGGUUUGACUAUAUCGUGCAAUCAUUUCAAGAAAAACUUGGAAUGCUUCUGUCAAAAGUUGUACACGCUCGAGAUUUAAAUGAGUUAAGGAAGAAUAUAUGGGAUAUUUUGAAAGAGGAUGAAAGUUCCAAAGAAGAAGAAAAGUCGGCAGUCAAAAAGCAUCCAAGCAAAGUUCAUAGAACUAGUUUGGGUUUCAUUUUAAACAUUCAAAGGACUGCUUGGUCUUGGUCUUCCGCUUGUAACCUUGUGUUUCAUAAAUCGUUUUCAAUUUGGCAUGAUUUGUUAAGACAAGGUUUUAAUAAAAGAUUUCAAGAUAUCAUUAAAUCGUCAUUCGAAGAGUUAUCAAAUCAACCCGGGAAGUUGCUUAGAAAUCGAUUAUAUAAAUUAGAUAAAUCCAAUCACGAAGAACGUCAUUUGGGAAAGUUUAUAUGGGCACAUGAUUCCAUAUUUUCUAAUACAAAAAUUCAAGAAAACGUUGCAUCAAUAUUUAAACAAAGGAUAGAAAAUCUUGUAACAGCACAAACAUCUUAUGUCAAUGAUGCAAAAAUUGCUUUUGAAAAUAAUUUGAGAGAUAUUCGAGAAGAUAUGGAACCUGUCUUUGCAUUGAUUAAUAAUCGUACAGAUGAAUUAUUUUAUGACAAAUUUCAUGGAAGAUUAUUUGAAGUUCACAGUGAUACUGAGGAAUUGUCUGAAUUUUUCCAAGAAACUUUAAUGAUUUCCGUCACAUCUUAUCGUAAUCAACUUAAUAGCUUGAUCGAAGAAGUCGAUACACUUGAAAAAACACAGGAAAAUAAAACGAUUCCAGAAAAUAAUGCAAAACGGUUGCUUAUUGGAAGAAUUUCCCAAACAAUUGCUUAUGAAUCUGCGGUACUUCCAUCACUUUUACAACCAACUACGGGGCGUGAUAAGCCGAACGAUUUUAAUUCUCGUCUUUCUUCGGCUCCAGAUCCACGUUUAGUAAACUUACGCCAUUUAUUGAUGGAUGUUUAUUUUUCGGCACAUAAACCUUGGAUGCGAUGGAUCACAGAUAAUGCUCGAGAAGUUGUUUCUGAAAUGUUAAUUAAGUCACCUUGGAAUGAAGAAAAUAUUCAAACUUUAGUAACUAUGCAAGAUAAAGCUAAUUCCAAUGAUAGCGAAGGCGAAAAAAUAAAUUUGCCCUCACAACCCUCAAAUAAAAUUAUGAAGAGUCUGUUUGAUAUAUGUCAAGAGUUAAAUAGAGUUGGUAGUCCAACUUUACAUGAGAACAUCAUUCGGGAACUUUUUACAACAUUAUCAUUGAACAUAUUUGAAAAUUAUAAAGUUUUUACAUCAGAUACUGAAAAUUUUGCAAAAGUGACUGAAAAGGGAGCUAUACAAAUCUUAUUUGAUGUCAAAUUUUUAAGAAAAGUAUUUGAAGGAUGUUGGUCAUUGGAUAUAGAUAAUGAAUUUGAUGAUGACAUUAAAGCACAUCAAGAAAAGGAGGAAAUGUUCAACCAAAUAUUAAAAGCCAUAAAGCAAAAGAUUGAUCCCAUUGAUUUGGUCGUAUUUGAACCAUAUUUGAAUAAGAAUGUUGAAAGACAUUAUAUAAGAAGUUCAAUUAUGUUGGGCCUAUUAUUUCAACUAAACCCAAAAAUUACAGAUAUGAGGCGCAAAGGUGUUGCGUUACAAGAUUAUCAUAAUAUAAUGGCAAUAGUGCCGCAAGCCGCUAGGUUUACUUUGUUACCAAUUAGUCAUAGGUCUAACAAAAAAACCAAAGUAUAA